UCUUUUUCACUUCUUAUUUUCAAAUGAUCAACGUUGUUGCUCGUUCUACCUACCUUAGAGCCUGUCUUAACCCUUCUAGAAGCUUUGUUAAAAAGUCAAUGCUGUUAAACCGCGCCUCAUUUCAUUCAGCAAUAGGUGCUGUUGCCAUUCCAAAGCUGUCGGAUCCCAGUCUGCUCCGUCAUCGCGCUUUUGUUAACAAUGAGUGGGUGUCCGGUAACACAAGCGAUGUAUUCGCCGUUCACGAUCCCGCUACUUCUAAGGAAAUUGGCCUUUUGCCUGACAUGGGAACUGAAGAAACCAGAGAUGCUAUUCAACACGCAUCUAAAGCUUUCCAGGAGUGGUCCCAAACUACUGGUAAAACUCGACACGAUCUUUUGAAGAAGUGGUAUGAUGCAGUAAUGGAGAACCAAGAGGAUUUGGCCACUAUCUUAACCUGGGAAAAUGGAAAGACAAUUGGCGAGGCCCGUGGUGAAAUUGCUUAUGGCGCAACAUUCUUUGAAUGGUUUGCUGAAGAGGCUGUACGUACUUAUGGUACCGUCAUUCCUUCUCACAUGCCCAGCCAGCGCUUUGUAACUAUUAAGCAACCUGUUGGUGUAGUCGGUAUCGUAACUCCUUGGAAUUUUCCCACCGCUAUGAUUACCCGUAAGGUUGGUGCUGCUCUUGCAGCUGGUUGCACCGUCGUCAUAAAACCCGGUGCCGAGACACCUUACUCGGCCCUGGCCCUUUGCGAGCUUGCCCAGCGGGUGGGUAUUCCCGCGGGUGUAGUCAAUGUUGUCACAACUCACAAACACGUUGCUGAUGUUGGUAAGGAGUUGUGCCUCAACCCCACAAUCAAGAAGAUUUCUUUCACUGGCUCUACUCAGGUUGGUAAGCUUCUGAUGUCCCAGGCCUCAUCUACUAUGAAGAAGGUCUCAAUGGAGCUUGGUGGCAAUGCCGCCUUUAUUGUAUUUGAUGAUGCUGAUAUCGAUGCUGCUGUUGAAGGUGCCCUCGCUUCCAAGUACAGAGGUACUGGACAGACAUGUGUGUGUGCCAACCGUAUUUUCGUCCAAAAGGGAGUCUAUGAUAAGUUUGCUCAUCGUUUAGCCGAAAAGGUCCGUGAGUUUAAGGUCGGGCACGGUUUUAGCAUUGAAACUACACAUGGUCCAAUGAUCAACGAAAAGGCUACCGAGAAGGUCAAGCACCACAUUGAGGAUGCUCUCUCUAAAGGUGCAAAACUCUUGGUGGGUGGCAAGCACUUGGGUGGAAGCUUCUUCGAGCCCACUGUGCUGACCGGAAUGACCAAAGACAUGGCCGUAUCUGAUGAAGAGACAUUUGGCCCUAUCGCUGCCUUGUAUGAGUUUGACACCGAAGAGGAAGUUAUUCAGGCUGCAAACGAUACUCCAUUUGGACUGGCGGGUUAUUUCUUCUCUAGAGAUAUUGGACGUGUCUGGCGUGUGGCUGAAAAGUUGGAGACUGGUAUGGUUGGUGUCAACUCUGGUAUCAUUUCCAACUGUUACGCACCAUUUGGUGGUGUAAAGGAGAGUGGUGUAGGAAGAGAAGGUUCUCUUCACGGUAUUGACGACUAUAUGAACAUCAAGUACAUUAACAUGGGUGGUAUCUAAAUACCUCUCCAAUUUUUUCUUAAAAAAGAAACAAACAAACUCCCCUUACACUCAUAUAUCUGUGAAAUAAACAAAAAGCUCUCUGUUUCAAAACUUGAAAAUAAAAUAUAAUAAAACAUAAAUAUUUGACCCUCAAACAUUCACAAAAA